AGCGUGUUUAUAAUGUGGCGGUUUCUUUAAUUAAAAUAAUAGCUUUUUAAACAACAAAAAAAAGUUCAGGAACAUUAACGCUGGAAUUGGCAGAUUUUCUGAAAUGCGUGGGAACGGUAGAGGCUGUGGUCUGUGCGGAUCGGCGAGGGAGGGAGGGGAAGUUGGGUUUUCUUUCAGUUUUGAUGCGUUACAUUUGUUCGCGUUUGCGAAGUUCAGCAAUCUCUGACCAGCAUGUGGAUGUAAAUAGCUGGCAGUGUUGUAUGUAGCAUGAGUUGGCCCGGUGGCUGGCCGAUCUCUUCCCCUCUUGCCUCAGUCCCUCACUCUCUCUCUUCUCUCUCUCUCUCCCUCUCUCUCUCUCUCUCUCUGGUUUUGGGAGCAGUAGACAUCAAGGCUGGUUGCGAGGGGGGAGCCAUAAGAUCAAUGCCCUGGCCAUUCACUUUCUGAUGUUGCACGACGGGAAAUGCUUUGAAUACUUGCGACAUGGCCGCUGGAAUUGAUCGCCAAGAUUGACAGCACUAACCAUCGCCUUCACUUGUUCCACAAGAGAAUAGCAAUAUUAUUUUUCGGCAGCCCACCGGCAACUUCUGCCAGCGAUUCGGACACCCCCACCCCCAUCACCCCCUAUCCAUGGCCUGGGGACGCUCCAGCUGACUUUAAGCUCUUCGUUCCAGCUCUUUUGUUUUUUAAUACAUAACGAUUGUUUUAAAAUUGUAAAACGAUUAGACACAUCUAACGACACGGGAUAGCUCGGAGCUGCGUCUCGCCAGACUGGCUUCUAAGGGGAGGAAACAUCAGUUCCUGAUCCAGUUUGCUAUCCACUGAAACCUGCUGAAAAAAUACAUUUGUAUGAAUACUGCUAGAGGGAAGGUAACAUUAAUCGAUGAUAUAUGCCGAUGUCUUUGGGGAUUUCUACUCUCUUCAGACUGGGCCUCAGGAGGAGGAAUAUUUUGUGGAGUAGAAUGUCUUCCAAGCAAGCUGCCUCUCCGUAUGCUUCUUCUGCUGAUGGAGAGGAGGCAAUGGUCCAGGAAAGAAUGGUACGGGAGAGGGAAAGGGAGGAGCUCAAUGACCAGCACACACCCUCGCACCUCCCCCUGCAUACAAUAGUAAUCAACAAACCUCAUCCUGAGGAGCUACAACCGGUUGUCAGCAGUCUCCAGCCAGACAGUGAUUGGGACAACAUGGCUACCACCCAGCACAGAGCAGAUUCUGACAACAAAGUCUGUUCCUUGUACUCCUUCCGCAAUGCAACUACCUCACCGCACAAGCCAGAAGAAGGGGGCCGUGAGCGCAGUGACAUGAUCACUGGAGUAGGUUUUGGAACACCUGAGAGGCGCAAAGGAAGCUUAGCUGAUGUGGUGGACACAUUGAAACAGAAGAAGCUCGAAGAAAUGACAAAAACUGAACAAGACGAAUCAUCCUGUGUCGAGAAAUUUCUCUCUAAGGACUGGAAAGAGAAGAUGGCUGGACUCAAUACAGGGGAGAUUCUUGGGGAAAUCAAAGGUACGCCGGAAAGUCUUGCAGAAAAGGAACGUCAGCUGUCUGCCAUGAUCAACCAAUUAAUUAGUUUACGGGAACAGCUCCUGGCAGCACAUGAUGAGCAGAAGAAGUUAGCAGCGUCGCAAAUCGAGAAACAAAGGCAGCAAAUGGAACUUGCCCGCCAGCAACAGGAACAGAUUGCGAGACAACAGCAGCAACUAUUGCAGCAGCAACACAAAAUCAAUCUUCUUCAACAGCAAAUCCAGCAGGUUCAGGGUCACAUGCCUCCACUCAUGAUCCCAAUUUUUCCACACGACCAACGAACAUUGGCAGCGGCGGCUGCAGCUCAACAGGGAUUUCUGUUCCCCCCAGGAAUAACAUACAAACCAGGUGAUAGCUACCCUGUGCAGCUCAUUCCGUCGACAAUGGCAGCUGCAGCUGCGUCUGGACUCAGCCCAUUACAGCUCCAGCAGCUGUAUGCCGCACAGCUGGCCAGUAUGCAGGCUUCACCUGGUGCUAAGAUCCCGUCCACUCAGCAGCCAACAAAUCCAGCAGGCGCACUCUCACCAACCACGAUCAAAAAUGAAAAGCACGGGACCAGCCCUGUGGCUCAAGUCAAGGAUGAAGCAGCUCAGCCACUCAAUCUGUCAGCCAGGCCUAAGACUUCAGAACCUGUCCGAUCCCCCACAUCACCCACCCAAAGCUUCUUCCAUACAAAUAAAUCCAGUCCGGUCAAUCUGCCCAACAAAAGCAGCAUCCCCAGCCCUGUGGGAGGUACUCCAGGAAGAGGAUCAUCUUUAGACAUCCUCUCAACUCUGAAUGCAACGGCCUUCCUGGGUGACCAGGACGCAGUGAUGAAGGCCAUCCAGGAAGCUCGGAAGAUGAGAGAACAGCUGCAACGAGAGCAGCAGCUUCAGCAGCCCGGCCUCGAUGGAAAGAUGCCGUCCAUGAAUAACCUCGGACUUAACUGCACGGGUAACAAGAUCAAUGACAUGCCAGGCAGUGUGACAUACUGUUCUAGACCAGUGAAGUACAAUGUAGCAUGCAGUCUUCAAGCAGUUUCAAGCUAUCCUAUUAUUGAGCGGGUGCCCUUUGAGAAUCUUGCACAGCCGCUGACAGGAAAAUCAGGUGAAGAUAUGAAGGCUGGUCCAGGGGUCAUUGACCUUACCAGGCCAGAAGAUGCAGAAGGGAGUAAGGCAAUGAAUGGGUCUCCAGCUAAACUACAGCAGUAUUAUUGUUGGCCAACAGGAAGCACUACAGUGACGGAGGCACGGGUCUACAGAGAAACCAGGGGUCGCAGCAACAACGAGCCGCAUAUCAAACGGCCAAUGAACGCUUUCAUGGUGUGGGCGAAGGAUGAGCGCAGGAAGAUACUGCAAGCAUUUCCGGAUAUGCAUAACUCAAACAUCAGCAAAAUUUUGGGAUCUCGCUGGAAAUCAAUGUCUAACCAAGAGAAGCAGCCAUAUUAUGAGGAGCAAGCCAGACUCAGCAAGAUGCAUUUAGAGAAAUACCCUAACUACAAGUACAAGCCCAGACCAAAGCGUACCUGCAUUGUGGAUGGCAAGAAGUUACGUAUUGGUGAAUACAAGCAAUUGAUGAGAAACCGAAGGCAGGAAAUGAGACAGUUCUUCACAGUAGGGCAACAGCCUCAGAUUCCAAUCACUACGGCAGCAGGUGUAGUGUAUCCUGGUGCUAUCUCAAUGGCAGCCACAGCAGCGUCACCACAACUGACAUCGGAGUGUUCCAGUGAAUCCGGCAGUCCAGAGCCAAGCAUCCCAGUCAUCCAGAGCACUUACAGCAUGAAAGGAGAAAGUGGCAACCUGGGCGUGAAUGAGAUGCUGAAUGGUGAAGAUGAAAUGGAAAUGUACGAGGACUAUGAGGAUGAUCAGAAAUCAGACUAUAGCAGUGACAAUGAGAAUCAAGAGGCCAUCAGUGCCAACUGAGCAGCAACUGCAAUCAGACUCUUACUCUGAACAAAAAAAAAGUUAUUGAUGAGCCUGCAUGUGUGGCUCCAACAGAUUCAUCAGCAAUGGUCUUAACUGUUUCUUAAUGUGUGAAGCAUUCUGAGUUUUUUAUUUUUACAAAGUAUCAUGGACAUUUUACAUUACUGGCUACAGCCUGAAAACAAAAAAAAAAUUAAAAUGUCAGGACUUGAAAGCUGUUGCUUGAUAUAAACUCAUAGCUAUCUGGCAGUCUUAAUUUUUCCCUUUCUCUUUUUUGAGCUUGUUUUCAAAUACUUUAGUUACUGUUUCUUAAGGGGUGGGGGGUUAUAUUCUCACUCAGGUAUGCUGUGCCAACCAGCAACUUGUGAAUGUGUUUUUAAUCUGAACUAUUUAAAAUAAUUUAAAUUUCGUAGUUUUAAAAAGAAAGUUAGCGAGGGGGUGGGAGGGAACCAAAUUUAAAAUAACAGCACAUGUGCACAAAAAGCACAGCAUAAAACAAACAACAAAGAGCUGAGCCUUGGCUGGCUUUCCUUUCAUUUUAUUUCUUUUUCUUUUUGAUUUGCAUAUUGUACAGUUUGAAUAAAGAAAGUGCCAAACAUCUAUCAUUUUAAUCUUAACACUCUGAAAAGUCUUACUUGGGAGACACUGCAAAAGUCUUAGACAAUCGUCUGUGAUUUAAUGAGGAACAAGAAGUAUAUAUAAUUACUUACAAAAGGGGGAUCUCUCCAGACAGUGGUGAAGUUACUCAGGAAUAUGGAAAAAAGGAUUUUUUUUUGAGACAGAGGAGGAGCUUGCCAGAGUGCAUGUGUCCCGUAAUUUUAUUUUAGACACUCAGUUGUGUCACAAAUAGGGUGUUCAACAGUUAUUUGUCAGUGCAGGCCACAUAACAGAUUGCUGCCCCAGUUGUCUUCUUAGAAUGGUUUCUUACCCUUUACCUCAUUACACUGAGUUCCAGUGAGAGUAUCUUAGUCAUUCCAGAGAUCCAAGGGGCCAAUAAUCUAGGAUUAUUGAAUUUAAAAGAAAAUACUAGGGGUGGUUGGGGGAAUAUUUUAAAAUUGUUGGGUAAAAUUGUGAGUCUAAACCACAGAUAUUCUGUUCAGCACAAGAAAGCUUAUAUCAAAGCAGUAUAAAAUGUAAUCUGAACAGGAAUAAUUCAUUAGUCACUCAGAGACAAUAUCCACCUCCUUACUGCCACUUUAACUGUCCCUCCUCCAUCCCAUCACCAGAGUCACUGAAGUUCAAAUGGCUAUUCUCAAUUCAGCUUUGAAUGGACACAGUUGAGCUAAUGAAUAAAAAUACGGAAUGAGGAGCAGUUAGAGAGAGGAGGCGAGUUUAGGAAUAUGGGGGGGGCGCUUAAUAUUGCUUUUGACAUGGUCUAAUUAACUCUAGGAGUGUCAGCAAUGGCUUACUUGAGAGUACUAUUGUUUCUGAGCACUACAUUCUAGGCUGCCACUUUAGUACAGUACUGAGGGAGUACUACACUAUAGAAAGUGAUGUUUUUUUGGUGGCAACCUUAAAUAGAGCUCCUGCUUGCAUUCAUGAGCGAAUAUUUAAAGAAAGAUGAACAGGGGACUUAUCCCUGUCUUCUUGCCCAAUAUAUUAAUCCCCAAAUCAAUAUUUUGAGAACAGAUAAUUGUAUCAUGAAUAUUAGUGGGAUAUUUCGGUGCACACUGGCUUGCUGUAUUUCCUAUUAUUCGACAGUGACUGCAGAAGUAUUUCACUGGCUGUAAUGUGCUUUAGAGCAGUUUGAACAGGACAUGAAGGAUACCAUAUAAAUGGAAGUCUUAGUCUUUCCAAGAGUCUUAUCUACCAUUCAAUGGUGUUAAAGCAAUUCCAUUCCUCUCCACUGCUGGCAUUCACCUUGAUGAGCACAAACGGGGCAGGGAUAGGGUGAAAGGAAACUGAAUACAAAUGACUUAACCUUCUUAAUUUCACAAUGUCUUAAUUCACCUACUGCAUUACUGUGAAAAUGUCAUAUACUAAGGUCUUAAAUGAAAUUUGUUGUGCAGGAAGUAAACUGGGGCUAUCAAAAAUAUAAACAGCACAGAGAAAUAAGAAAUUAAGUGCAUCUCCAAAAAUAUAUAAAAUGUAUAUAUUACCCUGCAUACUCAGAUUUCCUGUCUUAAAUACAUAAUGAUACUAUAAAAUUAAAACAGCCAUUACCAUGUUAAGAAACUACUGUUGUUGGUAUGCGUAUUUGAGAUGAUAAAUUGGGGAAAUACCAACUAUUUCUGAGAAGUGAGGCAGAAUUCUGCUUUCUAUUUAAAGCCCCACUGAAUAGUAAAGUUCCAUUAUUUAAUCUUGGACCAGUUUGAUGUAGACUGUGAUAAUUUAGUUGGAACGUCUUGCAAUGCGAAUAACUGAUGAACACUUUGUUUCUUUCGCAAAUCAUUCAAGGUACUGAUAAUAUUUCAUUAUAAAAAAAAUAAAAUAUUUGAACUUUAAAUCUGGCUUCAAUGAGGGAGGGUGGGAGGUGUGAGGGAAUGGUUCCUAAAUCUUACUUAAUUAUAAUUUAUUAAAGUUCACAUAACCUCUUACUAAUAAACAGCUCCCCUCAACAGUUUUGUUUUUAAAAUUCAGUUUUACUUAGGACAGUGUAUGGCUUUUAGUUUCAGAGAACAAUUUGUAGUUUAUAUUUCAUUGCACCCACACAUUUAGUUGUUUUAGAUGUUUUGUUGCCAUGCCAAUAUAAUAUAAUGCAGGCUGGUGGAAAAACAAAGGACUGUUUUUUGGGACUGAAACUUGAUUAUGCUUGUAGUGUGCGUAUGUAUGUAUUUUAUAUAUAUAUAUAUAUAUAUAAUAUAUGUAAUAUGAUACACAUACACACAUAUAGACACACAUUUACAUGUUCACUCACACACACAUGCACACACAUGCACACAUAUAUACACAGGAUGUUUUAAAGUGUUAUGAGCACUGGAUAUAAAUGAUAUUUUUUAUCACUUCUGACUAAUGUGAAACUGUAUUAAGAGAUAUUACAUGAACAAAAAGCCACCUGUAAAGACUCGUGUGGGCCUGCCUCACAGUUGCCAGAUUUGAGUCAUUUUAUGUCUAGUAAUUUUAUUUAUGCAAAAAAAUGUUAUGUAUGAAUACUUUGUUUUAGCUCCAUCCAAAUCUACUGUUUUAACUCACUUGUAGCUAUUGUUGCUUACCUUUAUUUCUGUUUUCUCUCUUUCUCCUCUCAUUCACAAACAACCCCUUGCCCCAAUGAUUCCUAACAAAAUACUUUGUUUUCCACCAUGACCAUAUGCUUUUUCACUCAAUUGGCUAAACAAACAACAACCACCUUUCUUUCCUCCUCCCGAUGGUCUUAAUUAUCUCUUUGUAAAUUGUAUUUGAAAGUCGACUAGAUCAAAUAAAUGUUUGUUUAAUAUUUAUUAGCCGAAAUCAGGCUCUAAAAUAUCACUGCAGAGUUAUUCUACCAAGACAAUCAAUAAAGGAAAUAGUACAAAUUUACUUAAAUUGGAGCUUAAAACAAAGUUACAACAAAAAAAAUCCACCAUCUCAUUUUAGAUUUUUUUGUUAAAUUGUAAAUAUAACAUAGGAAAUAGAAUUCUAUUUUUGUUCAUGAAUACAUAGUGAAAUAUAAGUUAUGUAUUUACUGUUUUGUUAUACAUCAUUGUAUGUUGGUCCACAUUUUUAAAUGCUGACAAUUCGCUGUACCUCAUGUAGAUGCUGAAAUCACACCCGCAAUGAUAUAGCAGUAUUGGACCUGUAGCUGAGGCACUCAGACUCCUCACUUAUGGUCAGUUUCUCAUGUUUUUUGUAUUGUAAUUAUUAUUAAUAAGGAUAUAUAUAGUGUUACAGUUAGUAAUAUGAGGAGUAGGGAAAUAAUUUUAUUUAAAGAGAGAAACACUUUUUGAAUUACUUGUACUGUGCCCACUUCUUAGCAAGAAGAAAAGAAUCAGCAAAAUUUGUAAGUUCUUAUGGAUCUACAUUCUCCUUCUGUGUAAAACACUUAUUAAGCAGGGAAGAUGAAGGGUGUGAUAGUAAAUGGGAGGGAAGAUUUGCAUAAGUCAAAUAUUUUCUAAUUUUUCUGGGCUACUUCUAAGAGUUUAUGGGAAUAGGACUUCACACUCCCUGUUUCUAAGUGGCAUAAAGAUGUUGAUGAUCCACAGGUAGUGAAAAGUGCCAAUAGUCAGCAAUGAGCACCAGAUGGUAAUGAAGUGCUAAAUAAACAAGGAACUUAACAAGUAAGAGAGAUUCUCACUUGAUACCAACAGUUUAGAUCAUUUAAAUGCUUUUACCUUGGUUCAAUUUAAAUACCAAUUGCCCGUGACACUGAUCAUUUUUGUGACCUUCUUAUUAUGCAUCACUGCAGGUGACUGCAACACUGCAGGUGAGUGCUUGACAAAACUUAAUUUGGAAAAGGGAAAGAUCGAGAGCCAUACACCAUUUUCUAAGCAUUGUGGGUUUUUUUUUCUUUGUGUUAUGUAUUACACUAAAUGAAGAACAAAAAAAGGAUUCCGAACAUUUAUUUUCAUAAAUUUGGGAAAUAUUCAGGCGUAAUUCUGUUAAAAAUCUCCAGAGCACAAAUAAGUUCUGAACAUCAUGUGAACGGCAAAUUUGCCAAAAUCUGUCAGAUGUCCCUAUGUUUCGGUAUACCAGGUAUCUAUGAAAAAAUCUGGAGAUUAUUCUGAUUCCUAGAUUAGCAACUGCACUUUUUAUAAUGCUGAGUGUAAUAAGGUAGAAUAAGCAACAAGGCAAAGGCUGUUUUGUAUUAAAACCUGCACCCUUCCUGGAAGCCACCUUUCUAGACAAUUAACGUUAUGAUAAUAAGAUUGUAAUCCCGGGCUAUGGCAUAUAUUAAAAAAAAUGUCACUCAAGCUGCAUGGUUUUAAAAAACAUGCCCAUUAACUUCACCUGCCAAAUGAAUUAACCUCAAAGUUGACCUCUGUGUCAAAAUGUAUUGAAAGGUAUUCCCAAAAUAAAUGCAGUAUUGAAAAUGUCUGGUCCUCACAGCCAACCAACAAUAUGGUUAACUUUGGAGGAAUAGAGUUUAUCUAUUAGUGAAUACAAUUAGGAAUUAUACCCAAACUUCACCCUUACUUCUUUCCCUGUUAUUGUCACAAGCCAGCAAAGAUGCCAGGCUGCUGUGAAACACAAAAGUGAGAUGCUUGCCGCUAUUGGGAGUAUGGGGAAAUGUGCAAAUAACAUGUUAGUUUUUGUAUCCAGCACACUGCAGCCUUGCUAUGUGCAUCCGCUGUUCUGUCUCCUUUGUACCUUGUGUUUUGUGCUGGAUCGUGCGAUUUUAUAAAAUACCCCAUCCUCUGCAUUACUGAGAGGAAUUUUUUAUAGCGUUUUUGUUCAUUCAUUAAGUAUUUGCCAUUUUUUUCCAGUUGUUGGAAAAUACAUUAAAACAUGCUUAUAAGCUGUUCCUAUGUAGCUUCUUACUGUAACUUUACCUUCCACAAUUGGAAGUUUUGUUUUUAUUUUGAUGUAUAUUGUGAUGUUUUUCUUCAUGUUAAUUUAAUCAGCAUAAUUCACUGACUUGCUGGACUGACAUGCUAGCUGCUGAUAAAGUAUAAAGGUUUCAUUAGAUUUGAUUUUGUUUUAGCACGCGCGUAUGACUGACAAUUGGGACUCUUGUUGCCAUGGUACUAUGCUUUCAACCCUAUAGCUACACUGGGUGUGGCUCUAAAGAAACACAGGGCCACUCUACAUGUCUCUUGUACAGCAGGAUUUGAUAAUUUAAAAAGUUUUUUUUAAGAACUUUAAACAUUGCAUUUUAAACAAAUAACAGUGCAGGUACCUGGGCCCACAGCAGGUAUAUAUUUGGGUGUCUAGAGAAACAAGUGUCUGCUGCUGCUGCUUUGAUGAUGUCUGACAAAUGUAAAUAAUUUAUCAAAAAAAAAGAAAAAAAAAGACAUGUACAGUCUAGUGUAAAGUUUGUAAUUGAACAUAAGAAAGAAAUCUCCAUCACCAUGUUCCUCAUAUUCUGCUCUUUAUACAGUACAAAAGCCAACUUGUUUGCUGAGGAUGAUGUAAAAUCUUCUUGAUUAUGUUUGAUGUCCUCCUGUCAUUUUUCCCCUGCUUGGCAUUAUUCAUAAUGUAAAUCAGCCUUUUAUUUUCUGCAGUAUUGACGUGAGGUAAAGAAAAAAACAAUUAGGGAUAAAUUUAUUUUAGUGGUACUAUUAAGUCUGACCUCCUCUGCCUCCAUUAUAUUUGAAAUAAUAAAAAUAUGGAUGAUAAAAACACUAGUCAAAAGACAACAAACCUGUUAUUUUCUGGAGUUUUCAGGCACCUUAUCAAUGUGUACAAAUUCAAAAUAAUAAUCCUAUCUUUUUAUUGAAACAGAAUAAUGAACAUUGAAAAGACAAGGGAUAUGGCACCUUAUGGGGAGUGUCUCUGUGACUGACUGAGUUAUUUACCUCAAAGCUAUCGUCUCUCUUUCUCUCUCUCUUGAUAUAUAUAUCUAUAUAGAUAUAUAUAUCUAUAUAUAUAUAUAUAUAUAUUCACCAUCACUCCAUCUUUUGUACUGCUGUUGACACUUAAUUAAAGAUAAAUUUU